ACCGGCCCCCCGAAAAAUGCCCGGGUUCUGUGGUGGUGCAAAUCGUGUGUUAGUAGUGGUGAAUGUCAUGUGUUGGUGGUCGCUCCUGCUGGUGCUAUUCUGUAGUAGUAUUUCGUUCCGUUGUGUGAUGGGUGAAGAUGAUGGUGGUGGUGGCGGUGUGGGUGACUUCACCCACGAAUGGGCUGCGCACAUCGAAGGGGGCGACGGAGUGGCAGAAGACAUCGCCCAGAGGAACGACUUCGACAUUGUCACAAAGAUCUUUGACGACGUUUACCUCCUGAGGCACAGAAGAUUGGCGAAAAGAUCUGCCGAGCCAUCUCAGACUCAUCACGAAAAUCUUAUGGCAGAACCUCAGGUGCGGUGGGCAGAGCAACAGGUAGUAAAACGUCGUGUAAAGAGGGAUUUUUUAGGCCAAGUAAAGAAGACUUAUAGAUCUACUUGGAUGAAUGACAUAAAAUGGCCUCAGAUGUGGUAUUUGAAUCGCGGAGGAGACUUAGACAUGAAUGUGCAGCCAGCUUGGGCUGAAGGUGUCACUGGGAAGGGUGUUGUUGUUACAAUUCUUGACGACGGAUUAGAGAAGGAUCAUCCGGAUCUGAUAAAAAAUUAUGAUCCCAAUGCAUCCUACGAUGUCAAUAGUCACGAUCCUGACCCCAUGCCCCGCUAUGAUUUAGUGGAUUCCAAUCGGCAUGGCACUCGCUGUGCUGGGGAAGUUGCAGCCCACGCUAAUAAUACCAUCUGCGCUGUUGGAGUGGCAUUUGAAGCAUCUGUUGGUGGUGUCCGUAUGUUGGAUGGUGAUGUCACUGAUGCUGUGGAAGCUCGAUCUUUGGCCCUUAAUCCUCAACACAUAGAUAUUUACUCAGCUUCGUGGGGGCCUGACGACGAUGGCAAGACAGUCGAUGGUCCUGGAGAAUUAGCAACUAGGGCGUUUGUAGAAGGGAUAAAAAAUGGCCGUGGUGGUAAAGGAUCCAUCUUUGUAUGGGCAUCAGGGAAUGGUGGUAGAGAUCAAGACAAUUGCAAUUGUGAUGGAUAUACAAAUUCAAUUUGGACGCUUAGCAUCUCAUCAGCCACAGAAAAAGGCAAAGUCCCAUGGUAUUCAGAGGCCUGCAGUUCCACCCUUGCCACUACCUAUAGCUCAGGAUCAUUAGGAGAGCGCCAGAUAGUCACCACUGAUCUUCACCACUCUUGUACACCCUCUCACACUGGAACGUCUGCCUCCGCUCCUUUGGCUGCUGCGAUUUGUGCUCUGGCUCUUCAGGUUAACAAGAACUUAACAUGGCGUGACAUGCAACACAUAGUUGUGAGAACAGGAAGACCGGAACACUUAGAAGCUCCUGAUUGGCAGAGAAAUGGUGUUGGCCGUCAUUACAAAGAUUAUUAUAUUUCUUUCAGAUUUGGUUAUGGUCUUAUGGAUGCAUAUGCUAUGGUACAACUGGCCAGAAAUUGGACAAGUGUUCCAGUUCAAAGAAAAUGUGAAGUCAAUGCAGCACACUCUGACAAACUCAUUCCCCAGAAGAGCUUCGUUACCUUGGAACUGGAUGUGGUAGAUUGCCCAGGUGUCAGUUAUUUGGAACAUGUUCAAGCCAAGGUCUCUCUAACAGCUGAUCGACGUGGUGACAUAGAAAUUUAUCUUUCGUCUCCAGCAGGGACAAAGUCGACUUUAUUAGCACAGAGACCACAUGACAGUUCAAGAUCUGGUUUCCACUCGUGGCCUUUCCUGACUGUCCACAUGUGGGGUGAACGUCCUGAGGGCAAGUGGAAACUGGAAAUCCAUAACAACGGUCAUUUCUUUACCACCGGAGCCACUCUACUGAAAUCCUGGGCUAUCAUCUUUCAUGGUACCAGAAUUAAUCCAGACAAGUGGCAGGCACGAGGGGGCCGUAGAGAUCGUGGUGAUGGUGGUGGGGGGAUAGCUGGAGGACGGGGAAUUGGGCCAGUGGCCUCCUACCCACGUAAAUUCCCCACCCCUCUUCCAACCCCAAGGCCCAGGGCGUCUACAACUACCACCUCUACUUCUAGACCAAACUUACAUCCUUAUCAGCCUGAAAAUGAUUUAUUCCCAGUUCCCCCUCACUACUACUCACCCCCUACUCCUAUUCGUCCGCCAAAGCCCAAUCACCGCGACAGCUCCUAUCACAAGGGUAAAGCUGAGGUAAAGGAAUGGAGUUUGUCAUUGUUUGGCACUGAAACUGAGCCAGGUCAAGCAGUCCCUACCCUCUCAGGUGAGUCUGAUUCAAUAGCACAGCCCAGUGAUCCUGCUCAUCAUCAGGUGGUUGACACCACAGAGGGUAAAACUGAGACACGAGACCCCGACACAGAGAUAGGCCACCAGGCUUCCUCUUCUUCAGCAACAAUUCAACCCAGCCCAUAUGCUAUAGAGUUCUUAAGUCCCCAGAAGUCGCUGCCACCUGGUUGCAGUCGCUUGGACUCCUCUGGGGCCUGCAUAGAUUCAAGUAAUUCUUCCAAGGCUGCAAGAGAUGCAUACACUCAGUGUUCUGAUGGUAAAAUAAUGCUCAAUGGCGGGUGUCUUUCAAGUUGCCCAGAAAAAUACUUUAUCUGGGAUCCAUCAGAAGUUGGAGCAUCUGGAACCAAGAGCUGCCGCCCUUGUCAUUAUUCUUGCCUGCAUUGUGCUGGUCCUCAAGAUUAUCAGUGCAAAGAAUGUUGGGGAGAUGCUUUGCUUAAUAAAGUUUCAGAGAGUGAAAGUUACUGCCAUCCUCAUGCACUCCUGACUGCCUAUCGCAGUCAGCAGUCUUGGUAUAAUCACCUUCUCUUCGUGCUGAUAGGCCUUCUGGUCCUUGUUUUGAUUUUGGCAGUGAUGGUUAUCAGGGGAUACAGGAAAUCUGUUCCUAAACCUCUCCAUAUUGUAGCUAAUAAUGCUUUGGGUGCCAUUAGCGGCAAAAAGUCCGCUUCUAAUGGCCGAAGCAGUUAUACUCCUGUGUCUAAAGAUGAUUCAGAUCAGUUAAUGACUAAAAUACCAUUCCAUGAUUUAACCAGUGAUGAUGAACUUUAGCAUUGUUUUUAGUAGUACUAGUAAAAUAUUAAAUUAUAUGAAGUAGUUAUUGAAAUAACUUCAGAUAGUAAUGAUAGUUUUUAAUUGUAACAAAUUUUCAAGUGUUUAAAUGCAGUUUCAUUAUAAGAAAAUUUUCUUAGAAAAAUGUUAAGAGGCAGAGUAUAAAUUUUCUGUAGUUGCCUACAGUUCAUAUUAUGGCUGUGAAUUUAAGAAUGAUUAUCUCCGAGAGAUGAAAAUGAUAAAAAGGUGUGAUGAAUUAUUUGCUAGACAUUAUGGGUCAUACAGCUAGAAAUCUUAAAAUACUCUUCUGAUGUUAAUUUCUUCUCUUGUGUGCAGGUUUUUAAGAGCAUAUUUUAUGAAGAUAGGAUAGUGCACAUUUGAAAAUUUAGAUUUAUAAAAAUUGGGGUAAAUCCCAACAUUUUGGCAGCCAGAAACAUUAGUACACUAGUAACCACUGUUGACAUACAUUACUCUUUUGCGUGUCAGUUGUAAAGUAUUUAAUGCCUCAGGCAACUACUGCUGUGAUCUUAAUGGCUUAAACAAUUUACUGUACUAUACAAAUCUGAAUUUAUAUGAUUUAAAAACAAAAUGAAGAUUCCCAAAAAGGCCCAGUUUCCAAUCUGGAUGUGAGAAUUGUGAAUAUUAUUUGUAUGUAUAUGCUUCAAGCUCAUACUAAAUAGUAUAGUUAUACAGAAUAAAUUCUGAAUUGUGUUACAAGGCUUAGAAGCUCAACUUAAAUGUGGAAAUGCAGUUGAUUGGUACUGUACAAACUGUUGCAUAUGAUUUUAUACAAUGUCAUUUUAUGAACAAAUACGUAAUAGUAUGUAAUAAAGGUCCACUUUCUUGUGGUGAAAGUAUUGUAUAUAAUACAGUAUUUGACAUACUUUACCCAGUCAGACUUUUUAUGGGAAAAAUUAUAAGAUCUAUCAUUAGAGAUUCACUCAUUUUUUAUAUCGAAGCGGUGGCUAAAGCUUAAAUGAGAGUCAAGUAACAGUUUUCUGUGAGGGAUGUGCAUUAAUGAUAAUAUAUAAUUGCAGCCAACAUGACCAAUUUGAGAAAUUGUUAAUUGAUAUGACAUAUCUCUGAUAGUAUAAGCAGAAUAGAAAUUGAAACAAAUGCACCCCAACAUAGAGUAUAGCUAAGGUAUGAGAAAUAAAAGUUCUCCGGGCAUUAAGUUUUUCUGCUUUGCUGUGAUAAUCCAUUUGAAUCUCAUAAAAUUCUGAAUACUACGUUUUAGAUUUUGAAGUUGCAGCUUUGUAACUUUGAACCUUACUAUAUUGCAAAGCACUAUCACACAGUAGUGUGCAUCUUUGUAUUGCUCCAAAUCAUUUACCCCUAUAAGUAUAUUGUAAUAGUAAGAUGUUAUGUGAUUUUAAUAAGCUUUUAAUGGUUUCUAGGUAAUGUAUAGAUAUACAAUAAUUAGCUAAGCAUUACAACUUUACUGCCGAGUGCCAGUACUUUACAGUAAAGAUUCUAUGUACCAUAGUGUCGUCUACUGUAGUUACUAGUUUCAUGAACAAUGGUGUAACCAUUUUUGUCUUCCAGCAUCAUGUGUGAGCAAAGAAAAUUUUUUAAAGGAAUAGAUCUCACCCCACACUGUAGAUUGAACUAUCACUUCAUGAUAAGUAUAAAACUUACAGUUGCUUCUAUAUCAAGCAUGUCAUUACACAAUUAAUAUGUACAUAGUAAAACUGUGUUUGACUGCUGGCAGUGAUUCACAACUCGCUGCUUAAAUCUUUGUUGCUUUAACUACAGACGUUUUGCUUUACUGGUUAACUUCUAAUAGAGUAAUGAUAAAUAACCUUGUAAAUAUAAUAAACGUUUUACUCAAUUCAGUCUUUAUGUAGUUUUUAAGCUGAUAUGAUCAGUGCUACAAUACCUUAUCAGAUUCAUGUAAAGGCUAUAGGCAGUGCUUAGGUUUAUGAUUUAAAGGAUGUCAUGUAGAUAUUACUAGUAUCCUAUUUUUUCAUCAGAUACCAAACAAAUACUUUCUAGUUUUUUAAUAUCUAGUUUACAUAAAGCAAGUCAACCCAGCGUAUGAAUAAGAAUAAAAAAUUGUCUUCCUGUUAACAUCAAUUUGUACUUAAGUAUAACUCACAUUUCCAUAGUCACUACACAGCAGGUUACAGUCAUAAAUGCUCAAACUUAGUGAGCUCCAAAUUAGUGAAAAGUUUAAUUCUCACUUUCAUUAGUAUGCUGAAUGUCAUCAUAUGUUAAACUAAGAAUGAUUUCUGUCUCAUGAAAACCAGUCUCAGAUUUUAGACCCUGUUCUUAAAUUUAGUUACAGCAUUUACUAUAAAGUCGAGUAUAGUUCACUGUCAUCUUUUGAGUUGUGGCAGGUUUUUUUUGCAUGAAUUUGCUCAUUGUUCCAACAUCAUGUAUACCUGUACGUCAUUACACUAGUAAUUCCAGUCCAGUAUUCAGAAAUAUACUGUGUAUUAAUUGCCAUAAAUAUAACACUUUAUUAAGUGCACACGACAAAGAUAGGAGAUUAUGCAUUCUAAAUUGCACAAUUUAAAGAGGAGGUAGAGGCAGUCCUCCAGAAUAUUUUAUUCUCUUAGCUUUUGAACCCCAUUGUUAUUCAGUGUGACACUGUUUACUACAAGCAAUUGCCUACAAGAACAAAUCAUGGGAGGUCAUAGACAAAAGAAAAGUUUUCAUUUAAAUUUGUUCAUAAAAAGCAUAAUACUCUUACUGAACCCAAGUAUAAUGAAUGAACAUUGUUGAAAGGAGCAAAUUAUGACAGUGAAAGAUGAGAGAUCAUAUUAAGGGAAUUUCAUUUCAUCUUAUGAAAACAAAGUGGCAAGUAAGUUUUGUAUGUGGAGGUUAUAAAGUACGUAUUUAGAUUUCAAUUGUGUAUUACCUCAGUGGUCAGGUCAAACUGUUCAAAAGAAAUAAUUAUUAUUUUUGUUCAUUUUCCAGAUAUGAUAAGAAAGGUAAUGAGUAUGUGAAUUUGUUGACAAUAUAGCUCAAGUUUAGACAACGUUAAAUGUACUGAACUACAAAUGUUUUAUAAUAAAGGCGAAGGCCAUUAGUGAAAUACAAGAUGCGCAUCUCACAUUCAGUCUGUUUGCUAAAUAGUUGUUUGAAGGAUUAUUUGAACUGAUUAUAAUUACCAAAUAGUUCUGUGGUAAGCCCUGAGGUGUAAUUCAUUUGAAAAUUUAGUUCUUCAAUGGUUUCCACAGCUUUCGGGGAAGGCAAACUGUUAUUUCUCAUGAUUAAUCAGUAAAUUAUGUCAAAUAUAUAGGUAGUGUAUGUAUGUAUUUUUUUUUGGUGUGUGAUUGAAUAUAAUCAACAAAACUUGAAUGACAAGUUAGUCUACUGCUUAAGCAAAGUAAUGUGUGAUUGAAUAUAAUCGACAAAACUUGACUGACAAGUUCGUCUACUGCUUAAGCAAAGUAAAAAAUUUAUCAGAGAUAAAUGCCUGCAGAAAGUAUAGGUUUCAUUCAGACUUAAGUUAAUAACUUUACCUUUUCUUCAUGCCAUUCACCGAUAGAACAUGCAAAUUGCCUCGUUCAAUUUUUAUAUCAGUUAACUUGCCUGAUUUAACAGGUAGGUUUUCUGGUUGCUAAGAAUGAAAUCCAUUGAUAUUAUUGUACACAACUUUACAAACAACCCAUGGACUGUGAACCUGUCAGUUAACCGAGACACUGACUACAACUUAGUCACAAGCAAGUUAAGAAAUUAAUGAUCUAGUGAAUACUCAACAGUUGAAUACUACUACCAAGUUCACUUAAGCAAUUAAUAUUUAUGAGAAGGUUAAUAAGCCUACAAAAACUGUAAUCAAAGGUGCUGAUCUAAUUUAUUAACUGGCGCUUAGAAUUGUUUCUAUGUACGUAUAGCCAAAACAAAGACGUACUUAGAUUUUGAACUGCUGUAUUCUGCUGCUAUUAAUAUACACUACCUAAAAUUCCAAAUUUCAAAUUUUUAUGCCAACAGUGACUUGAUGAUAAGUGGCUUGAAAAGGGAAUUUCAUGACCACAGCUAUGAUUUCUCAUCAGUUAAGGACUUUGCUGAGCAAAUUGUGUAUGCUAGUUAUCUAGUGUUCUCAAGGUUCAGCUUAAGCACAUUUUUGGCUAGGAAUGUUCAUUAUUGGUGGAGCAAACUCAUUUAUCAUUAUGGUUUAUAAAAUCAUUGUUUCCAUUGUAGUUUGUUUAUAGUACAAAAAUAUACAUUCCUUAAUUUUUGUGUUGCAUGGAAAGCAGAAGGGCACAGCUGCAUAGACAGUGUUAAAUGUUGCAAAAAUGAAUAUUGUACUUUAUUGGAAGCUCAUUUGGUUGAGAUUGUAUUGCUUUAAGAUGGCCUAAUGAUGCUGGAUAAAAUUUUCAGAAGCUUCUUUUGGAAAUACCAAUUGCCUUCAUAUCCUGAAUGUAGAUUAUAAUGCACAGAAAGUUGCUAAUAAAUUUUUAUCCCAACUAAAAAGUGCCUUCCUAGUAACAUGACAGGGGUAACUUUAAGUUGAACAUUACAGGAACCUGAGCUAAAGCUGUGUUCAAGACAUCACUUUCUGUCUGCUUCUGUGUGAAAUCCAUAUCUUGCUUUUACAAUUUAAGAAAGCAAAUGAUCAAAAUGAGAGAAAAUCAGAGGUGUGACCCUUAUUGUUUUUAGUACUUCUCUCUGACAUGGUAAUUAUUUGGCUGUUAAAGAUCCAUAUGGUAAUUAUGAUGAUCUCUAGUGUUUUGGUUUUUUUUCUUUUGCCUUUAUAGCAGAAGUUUUCUUCACCUUAAUUAUAAAUUUUAAGUUCUUCCUAGAUAUUUUCUUCCUAAUUUUUUCAACAAGCAUUAUACACACUUUUAUGGAUUGUGACUUAAUGGUGAAACAGUUCAUUUGAUCAUUAAUGAAACUUUAUACAUGAAAAGUUUAAAUCAUCAACUGUAUAGUCUUAGAAAUGCACAGAGUGAUACUGUAUACAUAUUGUAUUUAAGUUGUAAUUAGUUCCUUUAUGCAAAUGGUGAUGGAUGUUAUUUUUAUCAAUAAAAGGAAUUGCUAAA